AUGGAAACGGAAAAAAUCUCACUCAUGGAAUCUUACCUGGCACUGCAUUGUAAAGGCGGUGUUCCUGAUGAAAUAAGACGUCAUUGGCUAGUUGAAGUUGCAAAACGAAAUGACAAGAAUACUGAUUACAGUAAUAAUGAAAGUGCAUUAUCAGCCUCUUCGAUUAAACCUUUACAUUCGUAUUCUAAACCUGUUGAACCU